AUGUCCGCCUCAGUGCCAGCGGAUCUUCGUAACCUCCGCGCGUGUCUCCUCUGCUCACUCAUCAAAUCGGUCGACGCUUUUCAGAAGGACGGAUGUGAGAAUUGCGAUGGGGUGCUUCAUUUGAAGGGAGACGAGGAGAAGGUCUAUGAUUGUACCAGCGCCAACUACGACGGUAUGAUCGCGGCGAUGUCAAACGACGAUUCGUGGGUGUGCAAAUGGCAAAAAAUGCAGAGAAAAGUGAAGGGAAUGUACGCGAUCAGCGUGUCGGGAUCUCUCCCAUCGAACGUCGUCAGCGAUCUGAAGAGUGUCGGAAUUCGAUACAAACCGAAUCAACGCGACUACUCGAUUCAAGCGAAGAAGUGA